UUGUUAUAAAGACAAUUAUUUUUGAUACGAUAUUUGUACGAAGAAAAUUGUAGAACUAUAGAACAAAAUAAAAAGCAAAAAAAGGAAAAAUGAAUUAUCCAGUCUUGUUCAGUUUAUGUUUAGUUUUUUUUGCUGCAUAUGGUAUUCCAUUCAAUGAACAAAAUGAAGAACAUAGUAUCCCAGUCGAUAACCAAAAUGAAAUAACAUGUGAUAUUCAAAUCGAUGACCAAAAUAAAGAACGUGAUAAUCAAAUCGAAUCACCAUAUGAUAUUCAAGGGGAUAACCAAAAUGAAUACGAAAGAUGCUCUAUCUGUUAUGACAAUAAUCAAGAUACGCCUAUAGGAGAAUGUGAACAUAAAUUUUGCAUAAAUUGUAUAGAUCAUUGGAAAUUUAAUAAGAGAACCUACCGUUGUCCUUUGUGCAAUCAUGUAUACGAUAACCUUGACUUUAUAGAUAAUGAAUUGUCUGCAAAUUUGAGAAUUAAUAAUUUGAGACAAGUUCAAAGAUAUAUCUAUAUGUUUGCUGGGACUCUUGUAAAUAUCUUGUCCGCAGCUAUAAGAAAUACCAACACGACUACAGUUUUUACUGCUAAUGAUUUGAGCGAAGCUAUAAGAAAUAUCAAUAUACGUUCAGGUUUUACUGAUGGAAUUUAUCGAGUUUUGAUGAAUGACCUGGCCGAAGCUAUAAGAAAUAUCAAUACGACUAUAGAUUAUAUUGCUAAUGACUUGAUGGAGGCUAUAAGAAAUAUCAAUUUGACUUCGGAUAAUAUUGAUGGAAUUUAUCGAGUUCUCAUAAUUAUGUUGUUCGAUGCUAUAAGAAAUAACAAUAGGACUUCAGUUUUUACUGUUAAUGACAUACACGAAGCUAUAAGAAAUCUCGAUACGACAAGAAAUAAUAUUAUACAUAUUUUGUUCCAAGCUAUGAGAAAUAUCAAUACACCUUCAGGUUUUAUUGAUGGAAUUUAUCAAGUUUUGAUAAAUAAGUUAUUGGAAGCUAUAAGAAAUAACAAUAGGACUUCAGUUUUUACUGUAAAUAUUUUGUCUACAGCUAUAAGAAAUUCCAAUAUUACUAGAGUUAUUACUGCUAAUGAUUUGAGCGAAGCCAUAAGAAAUAUCAAUACACCUUCAGGUUUUACUGAUGGAAUUUAUCGAGUUUUGAUAAAUGACCUGGCCGAAGCUAUAAGAAAUAGCAAUAUGACUACGGAUAAUAUUGGUGGAUAUUCCCGAGUUAUGAUAAAUUUAGCGUCUGAAGUUAUGAGAAAUACAAAUUUUACUUCAAUUUUUAUUGCUAAUAACUUGCACGGAGCUAGAAAUAUAAGUACGACCAGAGAUAAUAUUGCUAAUGACUUGAGCGAAGCUAUAAGAAAUGUCAAUAUGACUAGAGAUAUUAUUGUAAAUUUGUUGUCCAUAGCUAUGAGAAAUACUAAUAGGACUUCAGUUUUUACUGAUGCCAAUAUGACUCCUCAAGAAACACAUAACAUUACGACUUCAGAUCAUACUGAUGACACAAUGACUCCUUUAGAUACAAAUGACAAUACGAUUCCUCAAGAUACAAGUGAAGAUUAGGAAAUACAACUCAAAUGUCAAAUUCAAAAUGAUAAUAUUUCAUAAUAUUAAUUGUGUAAAAGUUAUUUAUGAAAUAAUUUUAUUUUCAACCACUUUUUAAUUUGUCUAAAAUAAUAUUUUAUCAAAAAUAUUGUAUAAUUAUUAAUUGAGUUAUAAUAUAAAAAAAAAAAUCUUAAAAAAAUGUUUAAAAUUGUUUAUCAAGAAUUUUAUUUAAGUAUUACAACAGUAAGAUUUUGAAAUAGUAAUAACGUAAUGAUGUAUAAAUAAUUAUAAAAAAAAGAGAACGUUUAAAGAAUGUUGUAAUAGUAUUGUUAUUAAAAUAUUAUGAUUGUAAGUGGGCUUUUUCUCGUCCUGCAACACUACGUGGUUUGGCGCUUGCAUAACGACUAGAUAUGGUAGCAAUGGUCGCCACCAUCCAG